AGUUCAAAACUCUGACUCGGCAAAGGAUGCAUUGGCCAAUCUUGAAGUUCCGGUGGGUUGCGUUAUUGUUGAGGAUGGGGAAGUUGUUGCCUCAGGAAGAAAUCGAACAAAUGAAACAAGAAAUGCUACAAGACAUGCGGAGAUGGAAGCAAUUGAUUUUCUAGUUGAACAGUGGCAGAAAAAUGGACUUUCACCUCUUGAAGUUUCCGAAAAAUUCUCAAACUGCAUGCUGUAUGUUACUUGUGAGCCGUGUAUAAUGUGUGCAGCAGCCUUAUCAUAUCUUGGAAUAAAAGAGGCAUAUUAUGGAUGUGCAAAUGAUAAAUUUGGAGGUUGUGGAUCUAUACUAUCACUGCAUACCAGCUGCUCUCAGCUUCCCACUAGUGGAUUUGCCUCAUCAAAAAAGGGUUUCAAAUGCACUGCUGGAAUAAUGGCUUCUGAAGCAGUCUAUCUUCUUCGGAGCUUCUAUGAGCAAGGAAAUCCGAAUGCUCCAAAGCCUCACAGACCUCUAAAGCAGCGGGUAUAGAAGUACAAGUAUCAGUGUUUCCUUCAACUUCUGGUACGAGAGUGGGACCAAGAAAAGGAGCAUUACAAUUGAUAUGUGGGCCUAUUUAAUUAGUUAGGUGGGCCAGAGAGCCCAGAACAGUGAGCAGGAGUGAAAGAACCUUAUGUCACAUGGAAAAGGACAGUAAUGGGCGCUAAAAAGAAGCUCAGUUCUUCUCGCCUUUUGUGGCAGGAAUUAUACAAGCUUGUACUGUUAUAACAAUCGAGAAGUGUGGUGGGAUGGUUGAGAUCACCCACUUUAAGUAGAAGUUUUGAGUUGAAGAGUUGAUAAUAAGAACCUCUUGAUCGAGAAUGCUGUCUCUCGCAUAAACCUAUCCGACGCGAAUCCAAAUUAGUUGGAGGCUGGUAGUUUUUGAGUAUCAGAUGCCUAAAAAAUCGAUCUUGCAGUAGCAUAUCCGACGCGAAUCCAAAUUAGUUGGAGGCCGGUGUUUUUUUGACUACCAGAUGCCUUAAAAAUCGAUUAAAUUAUAUUGAUAGUUUAAAAGCUUUAUACAUUAUCAGAGUAUGUAACUUAGAUCCUUUAUGGGUAUUAUCAACUUGUUAGCUAGAAAAAUAAGUGAAUUACCAGUAAAAUUCUCCAGUAUAUGUAUGAUGCAUCUUUUCAUUA